UCCCGUACGUAUAUUAUAAUCGCAUUCGCCUUCAUAAACUCAGAGAAAGCCAAAAGCUUCAUGUGCAAAUGACAAAUUUUCACUUUUAUUUAUUCUGUUAAUCUUUGAAGUUUGGAGAAACGGAGUGGUCAAAGGAUUGCUUUCAAUGAUUACUGGAAUUGACUGAGUGAAGAAGAAGAAGUUUACAGCAGAGCAAUGUUGACGGAAAAUUUGAUCGGAGAAAAUUACGUGUCGUCGUCGGCGGCGCUUUCCUCGUCGCAUUCACUCCGGUUGCACGCCGAGGCGGCGCGGAUUUUCGAUGAAUUGCCAAAAGCGAGUAUUAUUUCUGUGUCCAGACCGGAGCCCAGAGACAUCAGCUUCAGCCCCUUGCUAUUGACGUACACCAUUGAAUUCCGAUACAAACAGUUCAAGUGGAUCUUAUUGAAGAGGGCUUCUCAACUUAUUUAUUUACACUUUGCACUGAAGAAGCGCUCAGUAAUUGAGGAAUUCCAUGAGAAACAAGAGCAGGUUAAGGAAUGGCUUCACCACAUAGGAAUACGAGAACAAAUUACAUCUCAGCAGUAUGAUGAUGAACCUGAUGAUGGAGUUGUCCCCGCAUGUAAUGAACAUGGUUGUGUUAAAAACAGGCAUGUUCCAUCUAGAGCUGCUUUGCCAAUCAUUCGCCCUUCAUUGGGGAGGCAAUGCGCCAUCAUGGAGAGAGCGAAAAGUGCAAUGCAGGAUUAUCUGAAUUGCUUUCUGGGGAACUUGGACAUUGUAAACACUAGUGAGGUCAUCAAGUUUUUGGAGGUCUCCAAGUUAUCAUUUUUACCUGAGUAUGGCCCAAAGCUUAAAGAAAACUAUGUAAUGGUUAAGCAUUUACCCAGAAUUUCAGAUGGUGACUCCAGAUGUUCUAUGUGUUAUAGGUUUGGUUGUUGCAAGAACAAUUGGCAAAAGGUUUGGGCUGUUCUGAAGCCUGGUUUCUUAGCUUUACUAAGAAACCCUUUUGACACCGAACUGUUGGACAUAUUUGUUUUCGAUGCCCUUCCUGCUGUUAAUGGUAAGGACAAGGAGCAAGUAAAUUUGGCAGAGGAAAUAAGGGAACACAAUCCUUUGCGUUAUUCAUUUAAGGUUUCUUGUGGGAAUCAAAGCAUAAAAUUCAGAACUGCGAGCUAUGGUAAAGUAAAAGACUGGGUUUCUGCAAUUAAUGAGGCUGGUCUAAAGCCCAAAGAAGGUUGGUGUAAUACUCACCGCUUUGGUUCUUUUGCUCCACAAAGAGGAUUGACUGAGGAUGGCAGUCAUGUUCAGUGGUUUAUAGAUGGAAAGGCAGCGUUUGGAGCAAUUGCUUCAGCAAUAGAGAGUGCCAAAUCUGAGAUAUAUAUUACUGGAUGGUGGCUUUGCCCUGAACUGUAUUUACGACGCCCAUUUCAUAAUCACAGAUCCUCUAGACUAGAUGUUUUACUUGAAGCAAAAGCUAAUCAAGGGGUUCAGAUAUUCAUUCUUCUGUACAAGGAGGUUGCUCUUGCAUUAAAAAUUAACAGUUUAUACAGUAAAAAGAAGCUUCUUAGCAUUCACAAGAAUGUGAAAGUUUUACGCUAUCCUAACCAUUUAUCUGCAGGAAUCUAUUACUGGUCACAUCAUGAAAAAAUUGUUAUUGUAGAUCAUCAUAUCUGCUUUAUUGGUGGAUUGGACUUAUGCUUUGGCCGUUAUGAUACAGUUGAACAUAAAAUUGGUGAUUACCCUCCUUUUUUAUGGCCCGGAAAGGACUAUUACAACCCAAGGGAAUCUGAACCAAAUUCAUGGGAAGAUGCAAUGAGAGAUGAACUGGACCGAGAAAAAUAUCCACGUAUGCCUUGGCAUGAUGUCCACUGUGCACUUUGGGGACCCCCAUGCCGAGAUAUUGCAAGGCAUUUUGUUCAGCGCUGGAAUCAUGCUAAGAGAAGCAAAGCUGCAAAUGAACAAGAAAUACCACUACUUAUGCCGAAACACCACAUGGUUAUCCCACAUUACUUGGGAAGAAGCCAAGAAGUAGACAUUGAAAUUAAGAAUGCUGAAGCGGAUGCAAAAGACUUAAAUGGACAGGACUUAUUUGCUUCAGGGUCACCUCCUGAAGACAUACCAUUGCUUUUGCCCCAGGAAGCUAGUGGCAUGGAAGCUUCCAAUCUAAACAACACACUAGAUGAUGUCUGUGGUCAAUUGGAUCCACAAGAUCAAACAACUGACCUGCAAGAUGGUUGGUGGGAAAAGGUCUCAGUUGAUGAAUUAGCAGAAGCUGGUCCUCGGACCCCUUGUUCCUGUCAGGUUAUCAGAAGUGUAAGCCAAUGGUCGGCUGGAACAAGUUAUACUGAAGACAGUAUUCAUACAGCUUAUUGUUCUCUCAUUGAGAAUGCUGAGCACUUUGUCUACAUUGAGAACCAAUUUUUUAUAUCUGGCCUCUCUGGGGAUGAAAUCAUUCAGAAUCGAGUGCUUGAUGCUUUAUACAAACGCAUAUUGCUGGCAUACAAAGAAAAGAAAUGUUUCAGGGUCAUAAUCGUCAUCCCACUCUUACCGGGAUACCAGGGGGGUCUGGAUGACAGUGGAGCAGCAUCUGUGAGAGCCAUAAUGCAUUGGCAAUACCGAACAAUUUGCAGGGGACAAAACUCUAUACUGCAUAAUCUUAAUGCCUUGCUAGGUCAAAAAGCAUCUGAUUACAUAUCUUUCUGUGGUCUCAGAACUUAUGGACAACUUUCCGAUAGCUGUCCAUUGGUCACAAGCCAGGUUUAUGUCCAUAGUAAACUCAUGAUAGUGGAUGACCGCAUAGCGUUGCUUGGAUCAUCUAAUAUUAAUGAUAGAAGCUUGCUAGGAUCUAGAGACUCCGAGAUUGCUGUAGUCAUUGAAGAUAAAGAUUUUAUUGAGUCGUCGAUGGAUGGAAAGCCUUGGAAGGCUGGAAGGUUUGCAUUUAGCCUUCGGGUGUCAUUAUGGGCAGAGCACUUGGGUCUGCGUACUGGAGAGAUUUCUCAAAUCAAGGAUCCUAUAGCUGACACUACAUACAAAGAUUUGUGGCUUGCAACUGCUAAGUUGAAUGCCACUAUCUACCAAGACGUCUUCUCUUGCAUCCCAAAUGACCUUAUAUACUCAAGGUCUGCACUAAGACAAUGUAAAGAAAGACUGAGGCACAACACUGUUGAUUUAGGAGUUGCUCCCAAAAAACUUGUUCGAGUAUAUGCCGAUGAUAAAGAAGUCACCAUAGUGAAUCCAACAGAGAGGGUAAAGCUGAUUAAAGGAAAUCUUGUUCGUUUUCCUUUGGAGUUCAUGCGUGAAGAAGACUUGAGACCAGUGUUUAUUGAUCCCGAAUUUUAUACUAACCCUCAUGUCUUUCAUUGAGCAUAUAUUAAAAUUUGAGUAUGCAUUUUAGGACUUCCACUUGUAUCAUGUAUACACUGAUUUAGGGCAGGCAGAUUGGAGGUAACAAUUCUACAUUGACGGUGGGCAGAUUUUCCCAGAUCCGAGGCCAAAUUCACUUUUAAGAAUAUGGCUACAUACAACAAGUUUGUUAAUUCAAAAUGGAGAGAGAAGCAUCAUUCUGCGUACAAUUUGACAUUAGUAUUCAAGAAGACGCAUAUUUUAUUUAUUUAUUUAUUUGUUGAACAUAGAACGCAGAGACUCGUGUGCGUGUGCUGUACAACAGUUCUAAUCUAAAGGUUUUUAUCAUCGUA